UUUGCCAAAGUGGGUAGUGAAUAAGUCUUCCCAAUUCCUGGCUCCCAAGGCCAUGAAGAAGAUGCACAAGGCCUGCGUCAAGUACCCCGACUGGAAGCAGAAGCACAGCCCCCACUUCAAGCCCUGGCUCUACCCGGAGCAGAACGCCUUGCCCAGCCUGGCUCUCUCCGACCUCUCCAUCCAGCACGCCGACUCCCUGGAGAACAUCGACGAGAGCAGCUUGGCCGAGAGCAAGGAGGAGCGGGCCGAAGGCAGUGAUGAGGACAGCCUCAACUGAGGGCCCACCGGCCGGAGGGGGGGGAGAGCGGGGAGAGAGCUGUGCCCCCCCCACUCACUCUGAUCCCCCCCCUCUCCACCUGGGCUUCUUUUUCCCUGGGUUUGCAAAGGAGGAAGGGGGGGCGGUCUCAUUUAGCGCCGGUCGUAGGACAGGAUCGUUUCUCCUGCUCCAGAGGGGGCUGGGGUAUCGGUGGCUCCUGGGAUGGUUCAGCCAGAGAGCAAAGUUUUCGGCAUCUCCUGUGGUCAAUUUCCCCUCCGCCCCCCGUC